GCUCAGCUGCCGCCAGCAGAGGCCCCUCGAUCUCGCUCGGAAAGACGAAGAGGAAGUGACCGCCUCUCUCGCUCUCUGGUGAGGAACAUCCUGGACCGGAGUCAGGCGACGUCCUGCGCCGCUCUCAAUUUGCCAAUGGAGCCGAAGCGGCGAGACUGCGGCGCGCUGGAUUUUUUCUGUGCUGGACCCAAGUGGGAGCGGAGACCCCCGCGGGAAGCAGUGGCAAAUGCGGCCUUCAGUAGAACUUCUGGAGGAUCUGUUGUGGAAGGUCCUAGCCAGUGAACACACAAUGGAGGAAUUUUCUCAGGAGCAAAACCCUGAGCAGGUGGAGCUACACAGGGCAACUGUGGGAAUACCCCAGAGGAAUAGUUCCCAGGGUUUACAGGCAGAUGAAACUUCUAAACAUCGGCAGGAGUCAGACACAUUAAAGGAUAAACACUUGGAGUCCAGAAAACAGAUGUCUACUCCUUCUGAAGGAGGAUGUGAACUGUCCAAAUGUCCCAUUCAGCGAAGAAAAUGUAUGUCCAAUAAACAGCAUCUAUGUCCUGAGUGUGGGAAAAUCUUCAACCGGACUUCAUCCCUCAAUGCCCAUCGGAGAGUCCACACAGGCGAGAAGCCCUAUAAAUGUGCCGAGUGUGGGAAAAGUUUCAGUAAGAGUUCGCACCUCAUUGCUCAUCAGAGAAUCCACACAGGUGAAAGACCAUACACUUGUGUGACUUGUGGGAAAAGCUUCAAUCAUUCCUCACACCUUAUUAUCCACCAGAGAACUCACACAGGGGAGAAACUCUAUAAAUGUCUGGAGUGUGGGAAAAACUUUCGGUACAGCUCUGAUCUCAUCAGGCACCAGAUUGAGCAUGAGGGAGAAAAACCCUAUAAAUGCCCUGACUGUGGGAAAUGCUUCAAUCGGAGUUCAAACCUCCUUAUACAUCAGAGAAUCCACACAGGAGAGAGACCCUACAAGUGUCUUGAGUGUGGGAGAAGCUUCAGCUACAGCUCAGUCCUGAUCAGGCAUCAAAGAGUACACACAACUGAGAAGCCCUAUAAAUGCCCAGAGUGUGGGGAAGGUUUCCAUGUGAAUGCCAGCCUCAUGACGCAUCACAGAGUUCACACAGGAGAGAAACACUAUUCAUGUCCAGAGUGUGGGAAAAGCUUCAGGUGGAUCUCACACCUUGCUAGGCAUCGGAAAAUUCAUGCAGUGGAGAAACCUACAUAAAAGCUGUGAAUACUACAAAACUUGUUGAACACAUGAAGCUGCCUUGUCCUAGUCUAUUAAGGUCAGUGUUGUCUACUCAGACAGAGCAUGAGGGAGAAAAACCCUAUAAAUGCCCAGACUGUGGGAAGUGCUUCAUUGGAGUUCAAACUUCCUUAUACAUCAGAGAACCUACACAGGAGAGACCCUGUCCAAGAUCUCAGGCAGAGGUCUUUCACUUUGCCUGUGACCUGAUCUUUUUAACUGGAGGUGCUGAGGUUGAGCCUGGGACCUUCUGCAUCCACAGUAGGUAUUCUACCACUGAGCUAUGGCCCCAGUGUUUGUGCAUAUUCAGAGAUUAAGCUCAAGUGUACUAGUUCAUAUGUUUGCAUUUCUCUCUCCAUUUCCCAUUUUUUAAAAAUAUUGUAUCUGUUUUUUAAAUUGUCAUCCACUUUGGGCAAGGACUUAUUCAUUUUAUUAUUUUUAAAUGAAAUAUUUUAGGUACUAAACCAAUAAUAAAACUAUUACAUCCA